CGAUAAUAGUCAGGUAAGUGCACCUUCGAAGGAGACAGGCUCUUCGUUGAUUGCCCAUUUUUUAACAAAGAGAUGGAGACUAAAUUUUCGUACACGAGGCAAAUUCCGCAAGAAGAUGCAAAUAUUUUUAAUCGAUUGUGUUUCGGAUGGUCGAGAGAGAUAUUUACAAAAGGCGCGAAGAGAGACCUCACGUUGUCAGAUCUCUAUCAACCCUUGACCGUGGACGGAUCUAAGAAAUUGUCGGAUACUUUGGAAGAAAAAUGGGAAGACGAGAUACGAAAAUGGAAGCAGAAGCAGAAAGAAAUGGGCCACCAAGAAGAUUGGGAGAAGAAAGGCGAGAAGCCCCGUUUGGAGAGAGCCUUGCUGCGGGCAUUCUGGAAGGAUUAUUUAAUCACGGGAAUUCUUUCGUGCUUUCAAUACGCCUGUCUGGGAGUUAUCAUUCCCCUGAUGUCGUCCGCGGUGAUCAAAUACUUCAACACCAACGAUGACACGAAGCAGAUAUCGCAGUCGGAGGUUUUAUGUUACGCCGCUUACCUGAUCAUCUGCGAGUUGUUAGUCAUUUUCGUGAUGCACCAUUGUGACAUGAGAUCGCAGCAAACGGGCAUGAGAUUACGGGUCGCUUGUUGCUCAUUAAUUUAUAGGAAAAUUUUGAGACUUAGCAGAGCAGCAUUUUUCAAAGUCAGCGCUGGCCAGGUGGUGAAUCUACUGAGCAACGACGUCAGCCGGUUCGACGAGUUGUGCUUUUAUCUCAAUUUCGUUUGGAUCACUCCGAUUCAGAUUAUCAUUAUCCUCGCGGUCACGUAUCAGAAGGUGGGCGUCGCAAGCUUAAUCGGUGUCUCGGUGCUCCUGUUGAUGACGUUGCCGACAAACGCCGUGUUCAUCUCGCUGGCCCACACACUGAGAGGGAUGAUCGCCUCGUCGACUGACAGGAGAGUGCAAUUCAUGAACGAGCUUAUAAGCGGUAUACAGGUGAUCAAGAUGUACGCUUGGGAGAAACCGUUUCAGAAGAUCCUCACGUUUAUACGUUCUUCCGAGAUAAGGAAUAUAGGAUACUCGUUAUAUAUGCGCGCACUGUAUUUGUCGUUCGUGGUGUUCACGACUCGCGUGGUCCUCUUCUUGACCAUUCUAUCCUUCAUUCUGCUGGGGAACAAGCCAAGGGCAGAACUGACCUUCAUGCUGGCCACUUACUUCGAGAUGAUCCAACUGACGGCCACACUCUUUUUCCCACAGGCUCUCCUGUUGCUCGGAGAAACGUUGGUGUCCAUCGAACGAAUACAGGCCUUUCUGUUGCUAGAAGAAAAAUUUAACGUGGAGCCAGUGUCCGAUAAAGCUCGUCAGAACGGAGUGUUGAAGUUCAAGAAGAAGAAAAUUGAGAAGGAGAACGUGGAGUCGAUCAGAAUGACGAACGGCAAUGAAGGCUCCAAGUUGGAAUGCAACGAGAAGUACACGCCGGUUUCGAUAGAGCUGCAACGCGUGUCGGCUAAUUGGAUACCGGGCCAGUUGCCGCCGACUUUGUGCAACAUGUCGAUGACGAUUCGCAGCGGAGAACUGUGUGUUCUGGUGGGACCAGUGGGCUCCGGGAAAUCCUCGAUCUUGCAGCUCCUACUGAACGAACUUCCCGUAGGUGCCGGGAGUCUGCAGUUCAAACGGAACGAUUUGGGCUGCACGAUAGACCCGUCGAAUCUGAGAAUCUCGUAUGCCAGUCAAGAGGCUUGGCUGUUCUCCGGGACCAUCAGGGAAAAUAUCCUGUUCGGACAGCCGUACGACAAGGACAGAUAUAUGGCUGUAACGAGGGCGUGCGCCUUGAUCAGGGACUUUCAACAGUUCCCGUAUGGGGAUAUGAGCCACGCGGGAGAAGGAGGCUCUUCAUUGUCCGGGGGACAAAGGGCUCGUGUUAAUCUGGCACGAGCCGUGUAUAGACAGGCGGACAUAUACCUUUUCGAUGACCCGUUGAGCGCCGUCGAUCCCCGGGUUGCUAAACACCUUUUCAACAAGUGCAUCAAGAAUUAUCUCCGGGACAGGACAAGAAUCAUGGUCACUCAUCAGCUGCAGUUCGUUAAAGAUACCGACCAAAUCGUUGUCGUGGAUCAGGGUGUAAUAAAGAUGAGAGGAACCUACGACGAAUUGUCCAGGUCUGAAGAGGACUUCGUAGAGAUGAUGGACCGUAUAAAAUCGUCGACGGAAGCGAAGAGGGCGAGCGAGUGCGUAGAAGCCGAGAACGAAAAGAGACUGAGUAGGAAAAGUCUCGGGAGAGCCUCGAUAAAGUCCACCUCCAGCAGCGUGGCUUCAUAUAAUUACGAGAACAACGCGUUAGCCCCGGAGAACGAGGAAGCGAUGGGACAGGGUGGCCUUUCGUACAAAGUCUACCAAAAAUACUUUCAAUUCGGCGGCUCUACCUUUAUACUCUUCCUCUUGCUGGUCGUAAUUGUCGUGUCUCAAACAGCGACGAGUGGUAACGAUUAUUGGCUUUCCUACUGGACUAACCUAGAGAUAAUCCGAAGCACCUUGGACAACAAUACACGAUCCUACAAGCCUCAGUAUGCUUCUUACAUAUUGAACGGCACGUUUCUGUCCAACGUGUUCAGCUUGGAUCAACACGGACUGAUAAGCAAAUCCAACGGCUUGUACGUAUACGGAUUUUGCAUCCUCGCUUGUAUCAUAGGCGUCUCCGCUAGGAACAUGUUCUUCAUGAAGAUCUGUUUGAACGCCACGAAGAAUCUUCACCAUUCUAUGUUCACCAAUAUACUCCGAACCACGAUGUCGUUCUACCAUAAAAAUCCUUCUGGUAGAAUUUUAAACAGAUUCUCGAAGGACGUGGGCGCGGUGGACGAAUUGUUGCCUAAAGUGAUUCUAGAGACCGUCCAGAUAUUCAUGGUAAUAGUAGGCGUCCUGAUAAUGAUAGUAGUAAUGAACGUUUGGAUGCUGAUACCGUUGAGCGUGCUUCUCGCUUAUUUCUUCGUUAUGAGGGUCGUCUUCAUAAGGACUACGCAUAGCAUAAAGCGGCUCGAGGGUGUAGCGAAGAGCCCGGUGUUCUCUCAUGUGAACGCGACGCUGAACGGACUGGUGACCAUCAGGAGCAGCGGUGCAGAAACGAUGACGCUCUUAAAGGAUCAGUUUGACGAUUUGCAAGAUGUUCACACCGGCGCAUGGUACAUGACGAUAGUCACACCCGUCGUCUUCGGUUUGUACCUGGACAUAGCCGUGGUUCUGUUCCUCCUCUUCCUCUGCUUCUCCUUCAUCCUGACGUACAACGAGAACACGCUCGGAGGUAACGUCGGUCUAGCCAUAUCGCAAGCGUUGAUCAUAGUCGGCACUCUACAACACGGAGUGAAGCAGAGCGGCGAAGUGCUCGCUCACAUAACGUCCGUGGAGAGAAUGCUGCAGUAUACCGAUCUGCCUAAGGAGGCCCCCUGGACCAGCAACAAUCCUCCGCCAGCCGACUGGCCGAAGAAGGGACAGUUGAGCCUGAAGAACGUUAGCAUGACGUAUGAGGCAAACGAGCCUCCUGUGUUAAAGAACUUGAACGUAACGUUAGAGCCAGGCUGGAAGGUGGGCGUAGUGGGUAGAACGGGAGCUGGAAAAUCGUCCCUGAUAUCGGCUCUCUUCCGGUUGUUCGACGACGGCUUGGAGGGAGAGAUCAAGAUCGAUGAUGUGAACACCAAAACGAUCGGAUUGCACGAACUACGUUCGCGGAUAUCGAUAAUUCCCCAGCAGCCGUUCCUCUUCUCCGAAUCGUUGCGCUCCAAUUUGGAUCCGUUCAACGAGUACGAGGACGCGGCGCUUUGGGACAGCCUUCGGCAAGUCGAGCUGAACGAGAUCGUGCUGGAUCAGAAGGUGCUGCAAAGCGGAAGUAACUUGAGUAUUGGCCAGAGACAGUUGAUAUGCUUAGCUAGGGCGGUUCUAAAGAACAACCGAAUACUGGUCCUGGACGAAGCAACGGCUAACAUCGACUCGCACACGGAUGAACUGAUCCAGAGCACCAUAAGAACGAGAUUCGAUGACUGCACAGUUAUCACGAUCGCUCAUCGUUUGCAUACCAUCAUCGAUAGCGACAGAAUCAUAGUAAUGGAUGCUGGCCGAAUAGUGGAGUUUGGUUGUCCUUACGACUUGCUGCGGAACGAGUCGACGGGAAUAUUCUCGCAAAUGGUGAAAAACAUGGGCACGCAGAUGGCCGAGUCUCUUCGAGAGCAAGCGGAGGCGGCUUGUUCAAAACACAGGAAACACAGAAGCGUGGAUCUAAGCAGAAGGGACUCCUCCGAGGACGUAACAGUACGGAGUGCUCUGUAAAAAUGUUAAAUGAAAUGUACAAAAUACACGGCACCUCGGUGCAAAACGAACAGUA